AUGGUUUCCAAAACGCGGCGGCAGCGACAGAAGCGAAAGAGUGCGAUGGAUGCCAACGGCGGAGUAUUACCUCCAGUCAUUCCAUCUGAGCGGAAGUCCGUACACCUGAAAAAAACACGGCCCAAGAUGAAGGGAAAGAUGAAGAUCCGCCUCGGCCACGAGUCGCCAGUUGACAUUUAUGAAGGCUUUGAGGAGCGUAAGGGUGUGCUGUGGCGUUGCCCUACCUGUACUAAGGAAUGCCGAGUGAUGGGUUUCUGUGUGGAUUGCGCAAGUGGCAGAAAGUCUCGUGUUCACACUGGAGUUACGAUGUCACGACAUUCAACGGCGAAAAAGGAGGUCAGCCUACCCGUCUCCUCAGGUGUAGUGAAGAAGAAACUAAAGUUGAAAAAGAAAGUGAAGUAG